AUGCCGGCGGUGCUAUUACUACCCGCUUCUGCUGCUGCGUUUGCGCCGCGAUCAACGUGCAAUGUCGUUCUCAACACCAAAGUCGAGCCCUGGUUAACCGCCACCCUCAAGCGAACCAACAAGGUCAAGCGACCUCUGAACAGCGUCACUCAACACACCCGGUGUCUGACCGAGACGCUGUCCUCGCCCAACGCCAUCUGGUCGUUGUGUUCCAUCAUGGUGCCGAAAGCACCCGAGACGGAAUUGCGAAAAGACUCGAACCCGCUGGUGGAGGCUUUGUUCAAUUACCAACUAAUCCACAUUGAGGCGUACGUGGUCCACGUCGACAUGGUCUCUCAGAACGAGGUCGCCUUCAAGCUGACGACAGACACCAUCGAUUCGCUGGUCGAGUAUCACAAAGAGGUCUUCUCCGUCGACACCGCCGCCAACACCUGGACCUGGUCGGAGAAGGAGCAACAACUGAAGAAACUGCACGAGGAGUUUGUGCAGGCUGCCAACAAGUUCAUCUUUCGCACGAGCGCACUCGUUCUCGAGGGCAUGGAGGAAGGAGGGGCGGGAGAGCUGCUAUGUGGCAGAAGUGAAGAUGUUCGCGCCUCCAUCAUGGGCCUCUUCGUGCCACUUCUCCCUCCGCCUCCGAGGAUUGUGGAUGUCAUUCGGCCUACUCCUCUCCUGCCCAGCUCUACGGGCGUUGAGCAGUGGUGGCCAUCCCAACAUCUGCACGCUAUCCCGAGCGCCCCCGUGGAACCGUGGAAGAUUAUCCCCUCGAGUCCAAGCCCCGUCUCUUCCUGUGAUUCCGGCCACAACAUGUGGUCGAGCAUGGGUGUUAACGAGAUACAACUGCCAUCGCCCACUCCUUCCUUCAGCCAACCCUACUCUUCAGCUGCGUACAGCGCUCCUCAGUACUACAGUGCACCGGCUUACAGUGCUCCAACGGCCGUCUCGUCAUUUCAGGCCCUUCCUCUCCCCAGCAUGUUGGCUCAACAGCCAUGCAGUACUUCUGCAAGCCUGAGCACGUUCGGUUGGGAUCGAUACCAGGAAUAUACGAUGCCAUACGCAACCGCCAUGUGA